CUGUUGUCCUUAACAGGCACCCUAGAUAUUAAGGAGAGCAAGAACAUUGCCUCUCUGCACACCCAGAUCACGGCCUGCGAUGCUGUGCUGGAGCGCAUGGAGGCCAUGCUGAGCUCCUUCCAGUCCGACCUGAGCAGCAUCAGCUGUGAGAUCCAGACGCUGCAGGAGCAGUCGGUCGCCAUGAACAUCCGGCUGCGCAACCGCCAGGCCGUCCGCGGCCGCCUCUCCCAGCUGGUGGAUGAACUGAUGGUGCCCAACGUCAUGAUCAGCACCAUCCUGGAGACGCCGGUGACUGACCAGGCCUUCCUGGAGCAGCUGCAUGAGCUGAACAACAAGAUCAACGCCGUCAAAGAGCAGGCCUUCCGCGAGACCAUGGCCUGCACGGACGUGGCCGACAUCCUGGACAAGCUGAAGGCCAAGGCGGUGGCCAAGAUCCGAGAGUUCAUCCUGCAGAAAGUCGUCUCCUUCCGCAAACCCAUGACCAACUACCAGAUCCCCCAGAAUGCCCUGCUCAAGUACAGGUUUUUCUACCAGUUCCUGCUGGGCCAUGAGAGGGUCAUCGCCAAGGAGGUGCGGGACGACUAUGUGGACACCAUGAGUAAGAUCUACCUCAGCUACUUCAAGUCCUACACCAACCGCCUGAUGAAGCUCCAGUACGAGGAGGUGGCUGAGAAGGAUGACCUGAUGGGGGUGGAAGACACCGGCAAGAAGGGCUUCUUCUCUAAGCCGUCCCUCCGCAGCCGGAACACCAUCUUCACUUUGGGGAACCGGGGGAACGUGAUCAGCAGCGCCGAGCUCGAAGGGCCUAUCAUCGUCCCCCACUCGGCGCAGAAGAGCGACGUCCGAUAUCCCUUCGAGUCUCUCUUCCGGAGCCAGCACUAUGCCCUGCUGGACAACAGCUGCCGCGAAUACCUCUUCCUCUGCGACUUCUUCCUGGUGGCCGGCAGCCCCGCCCUGGACCUCUUCAACGCCGUCAUGGGCAAGACCCUCGCCAUGUUCCUCAAGCACAUGGAUGCCUACGUGAGCGACUGCUACGAUAGCAUUGCCGUCUUCCUCUGCAUCCACAUCGUCCUUCGCUUCAAGGCUCUCGUGGCCAAGCGCAACGUCCCGGCCAUCGACAAGUACUGGGACACACUGCUGGAGCUGCUCUGGCCGCGAUUUGAGUACAUCCUGGAGCUGAACAUCCAUAGCAUCCAGAGCACGGACCCCCAGAAGCUGGGCUUCCUGGACACGCGGCCCCACUACAUCACCCGGCGCUACGCAGAGUUCUCCUCGGCCAUCGUCAGCAUCAACCAGACCUUCCCCCACGAGAGGACUUUGGCCCUGUUGGGGCAGCUCCAGACCGAAGUGGAGAACUUUGUCCUGCGUGUGGCGGCCGAAUUCUCCUCCCGCACCGAGCAGCUCAUCUUCCUCAUCAACAACUACGACAUGAUGCUCGGCGUCCUGAUGGAGCGAGCGGUGGAGGAGAGCAAAGAGGUGGAGGGAUUCCAGCAGCUGCUGAAUGCCCGGACACAGGAGUUCAUUGAGGAGCUCCUGGCCCCGGGGUUCGGGGGCAUGAUCGCCUUCGUGAAGGAGGUGGAGGGGCUGGCUGAGCGGGGCCAGCUGGAGCGCCUGCGAGGAGAGGAAGCCCGGGUGACGCAGCUGGUGCGCGGCUUUGCCGCCACCUGGAAGGCCUCAGUGGAGACUCUCAGCCAGGACGUGAUGCGCUCCUUCACCAACUUCAAGAACGGGACCACCAUCAUCCAGGGGGCGCUGACGCAGCUGAUCCAGUACUACCACCGCUUCCACAAGGUCCUUGCACUGCCCCCCCUCAAGUCGCUGCCCAUCCGCUCAGAGCUGAUCAACAUCCACCACCUGAUGGUUGAGGUGAAGAAGCACCGGCCCAACUUCUGAGGGUGGAGCCCCCAUCCUCAGCCUCCCCUCCCCUUGUACAGUCCCGUGAAUAAAUUAUCUUUUGACUCAAGCGGCCUCCCUGGAACUGAGUGGGGAGUGGGGGCAACUGGAAUUGGAGGCCAGACUCACCCACACUUCCCCACCCCCCACCCCCGCCCCCCCUUCCCGUACCAUCACCAAGGGAGCAGCUUGCUGGUCGCUUCUCUUGUUCAGGCUUUAUGAGUGUGUUUCACACUAGCUGGAGAAGUAGACCUCGAAUUGAGCCCAACACCUCUGUUGCUAAGUGAGCUGGUUGUUAAGUGAGUUUUGUCCCAUUGGAUGACUUUUCCUGCCACGUUUCUUAAGUGAAUCACUGCCAUGAUUAAAAUUAGUAAUACGGUUGUAAACUGAAUCUGGUUUCCCCAUUAACGAUGCUUGUCGGAAGGUUGCAAAAGGGGAUCGGGCGACCCCGGGACACUCCAGCUGUCAUAAAUAAGAAUCGCCCAGUGGCUGAAUUUGGAUUGCGUGACCAUGGGGAGGCCGUAACAGUUGUAAGUGUCAAAAACAGACAUGCCCCUUGUUUCAACGGUCACUAAAUGAACUGCAGUUAAAUUGAAGACUGCCUGCCGUUCUCUAAAGAAGUAAACAGGUGUUUGUCCCUGUGUUUGUGUGUGAAUGCAGUGACUGACAAAACUGACCCAGGUUAGCAUGCUGACAGAUGUGUGACAUUACAAUUUUUGGGUACCAGAUGCAGGCAAUCCUCCAUGUACAAUCACAAUUGGGACUGGCAAAUCCAUUGUCAGGCCAUGCAGUGAGGCAUCACACACCACCAUUUGCCAUCUUUUCCACUGGCUUCCCCACUGGGUUUCCCUCUGGCUUCCCCACUGCGUUUCCCUCUGGCUUCCCCACUGGGUUUUCCUCUGGCUUCCCCACUGCGUUUCCCUCUGGCUUCCCCACUGCGUUUCUCUCUGGCUCCCCCACUAUGUUUCCCGCAGGCUUCCCCAUUGUGGAAAGCCAGCUGAGAAAGCUGCAAAUGGCGAUCAGGAGACACAGUGCUCACAAAUGCCAAGCUAGGCACCCAGAUUGUGAUCACACAACUGCGAUGAGGGUGUUUCACUGGUCAUAACUCUGAGAACUGGUUGUAAGUCACUCUUUUCAGCACUGUCCCGUUAGUCGCUAAACAAACGGCCAUAAGUUAGGACCAACUGCAUUCCUACCCAGAGAGAUUUUGAGAAGACCCUGAAUACAACAUGCAGCUGGAACUCCCCGCCCCAGAUAUGAUACUGGCUUCCUUUUGCUGGCUUUGCCUCCCUCCCUUCUCCCACAACAACAGCUGUGGUCCGACAGCCACACAACCUGCAAGCAGAAACUCUGCUGCUAAAACUCUGGGGAUGCAACCUACGUCCCACAAAGUACCCACAACUGUUUUUCCCGGAGGUCGACAGCCUGCAGGGAGGAAGGAUGCCAUGUUGGCUCAGGAAGGUAGUUUGUGUGCUCGCACAAAUGUUUGUGGUAUGUUCCUCCCUAUGUUUGUGGUGCAUUCCAAGCCAGGGAAAACACCCUACGUUUUGGUACGUUCCAAGCCAGGGGUGCUCAACCUUGGCCACUUUUAAGACUUGGGGACUUCGACUCCCAGAAUUCCCCAGUCCCCAAGUCUUAAAGUGGCCAAGGUUGAGCACACCUGAUGGUGGGAUCAACCUGGGCAGGUGGGAAAGCAUCAACCAAUGGGCUGUGUUGAUCUUGUCCUGUUGGCAGGAACUGUCUCUUUUGGAAACCCACAAGUGGUGCAAGGGGGGGUGCACCUGUCAUUGAGGGACCCUCCCUUUAAAACAGGGAAAGAGGAGGUGGGAUCACAAGACAGACCCCCCACCACCAAAAAAAAUCAGCAAAACGAUCUUCCAAGGUGCCCCAUGUCCUCCCACAGCUCCUUCCGCCCGGUUGUUGCCGUACGGACACGCACUUCCUGGCCAAGAGAAAAUUCAAUCGAGUUGCUUUACAUUUCCCGCACCCAGAAGUGAGAUCUCAAACUUACCUACCCCCGCCCCGACACACAGCCAUUUCCAAGAUUUCAAAUUUGCAGCAAGGGGGGAAAAAAACACACGUUCUUUUUAAUAUGGAUUCCAUUAAAUAAUA